AUGGAGGCUCUACCUACACUACGAAGAUAUACUCUGGCACAAUUACGACGUCCAGCCAGACUAUCAUCCCCGAUUUACCUCGAUUUCCUAGCCCCGACCACCGUCCAGUUCCAACGCCGACCAGCUUCUACUAGCGGGUCUACCGGGACCUCGAAGCCUCGGUAUGUCCUCAGCAAGAAACAACGCGAGUACCUGGACAGCGCGCUGCGCGUCAACCAAGCCGGUGAACUAGCCGCGACCCUGAUCUACAAAGCGCAAACCCCACAAGUCGUCCGAUCUCACCCACACCUCCGGCCGUUGAUGAAGCACAUGUACGACCAGGAAGCAGGCCACCUGAAGGUCUUCAACAAUCUCGUGGCCAAGCAUGAGAUCCGUCCCACUGCGAUGUAUCCGAUCUGGGAGGUUGCAGCCACAUUCUUGGGAUGGUCGACCGCGGCUCUGGGUCGAGAGGCCGCAAUGGCAUGCACCGAGGCAGUGGAAACCGAGAUUGGAACACAUUACAAUGACCAAGUGAGGGAGAUUCUGUCAUGGGAGGCAGAAGCUGACCGACGAGGGGAGGAACUUGAUGAGGAGCUCAAGGAGAUGGUGGCCAUCUUCCGGAGGAUUCGCGACGAGGAAUUGGAGCACCUGGAUCACGCCGUGGCCAACGACUCGAAGGAGGCCAAACCAUAUGAUCCACUGGUGGAUGCUAUUCGUCUGGGCUGCAGAACUGCCAUCAAGAUCAGCGAAAAGAUCUAG